AUGGCUCCAUGCAACAAGUGCACGCCGCUGACGAUCGCCUUGCUCGUCGCCUCCGCCGCCGUCAUCCUGCAGCCAUCUGCGGCGAGCAGAGUCGCCGGAGGAGCCCUUGCCAUGGCCAUCGCCGCGGCAAACGACGGCGCAGAAGAUCCAGGAGCAGCGGCGGCGCCGUCCCCAGGCGGCGGCGGCAUUCCACAGCUGCCGCCGCAGCCGAGGGAGUGCCGGCCAUGGUUGGCGCGGAUGACGCCGUGCGCGGGCUUCCUCACCAACGCCACCGUGUACGCGCCCGAGGCCACCUGCUGCGACGGCUUCAACGCCAUGUUCACCUUGGACACGGUUACCUGCCUGUGCCACGUCGUGAACGGCGACAUCGGGCAGCUUCUGCCGGUGCCGAUGAGACAUAUGCGCAUGGUGGAGCUCUUCUCGGUGUGUGGCCACGACGUACGUGUCGACGUAUUUGCCGCGGCCUGCAACCUAAUGGACGGAGUGCCGCCGAUAGACCUUCCGAGUCCCUCACCAUUGACGCCUUUGCCAUCGCCAUCCCCAGCUCCAUCACCGAUUCCCCGUUGGGUAGGAUGGCCAUGA